AGUUUUUAUAAACACAGCAGUUGUAAUAAGGUCAUUAAAUUAUAGAAUCACAUUUCUGAUUAGAAGCUGAAGACGACAGCAGCCAUGUUGAUAUCAGGAGCUGGAUGUGUGUUUAUGGGUUUCAUCCUGUUCAUCUCAGGGGUUCAGGGACGAGCAAACAGCAUCUGUGCUUUAAAAGGUUCAUCAGUGGAUCUGCCCUGCUCAGAUCAACAUCCCACUCCAAGCAUGAAAUGGUACACUGUACACUCGAUUGGCAACAACAACUACACUCUGAAUGAGAUCUCUGCAGAUGGAAAUCGUGUAACAUACAACAUGUCUGCAGAGAGUAACUUCACUCUGACAAUCAAAGAUCUGACAGAGAGGGACAGAAACUUUUACUGCUGCAGAGAAACUGACAAACCAGAAAACUGCAGGGAAAACAGAAUUCAGCUCCAUGUUGCAGACCUGCAGGUGAAGGUGAUUCCCACCACAGAGGGACAGACAGUAACACUGAUAUGUAGCACCAGCUGUCCUCUGACUGAAAACCCUGCAGUCUACAUCUGGUACAAGAACAGAGAGUUCCUCUAUCAGGACUGGUCUCCCUGGUACCAACAGCUGGUCAGCAGUGAGGAAGCAGUCACAUACUCCUGUGCUAUCAAAGGCUACGAGGACCUCAGAGCCCCUCAAGUCUCAGUGGAUUCUGUCUCAUCGACCUGCUUUAAAGUGACCUAUGCUAAAGGGACAAUGUGUUCUUCUCAGCAGACAUCAGAGAAUGAGCCCUGCUCCAUCACAUAUCCAACAGAAGUAAAUGUUCAAAUGAGUCCUGCAGCCGUACCAGACCAUGUCAGAGUGACCUGUAACUCCAGCUGUCCUCCAACUGCCUUUAUAUGGUAUAGGAGCAGCUAUUCAGUGAUAACGAAAGAGGUUACAGUUUCCAACACUUCUGUUGAAAGUUUCUCCUGUGCUGUAAAAGGCCGUGAGGAUCUGCGCUCUGCUGAAGUCUGUCUUGAUAACAGCGACUGCUGGAGUGUGAAUUAUGUCAGCAGGAGAAUCUGUGCUCUGGAAGGUUCUUCAGUGAACAUUUCUAGUGAUUAUUCUGAGAACCAGCAGCCAAAAUAUAAAUUAUGGUAUAAAAUAAAGAGAAGGGGGAAAGAAGAAGUUGAAGAGCGAAUGAAGGCUGCAGGUCGUGUGGAGUAUCAUGACAACAUGAAGAAUCAACACAUCCUGAGAAUCAAUAACCUGAAGAAGGAUGACUCAGCAAAAUACACACUCAGACUCCAGAGAGAUGAACGAUGGAAACCUGGAGUGACUUUAGUUGUCACAGGUGUGAAAGUUCAGUUUAGUCCUUCUGCAGUGGUGACAGAGGACCAGAGAGUCACACUGACCUGCAGUACCAGCUGUCCUCUGACUGACAACACAAACUACAUCUGGUUCUUCAACAGUCGACCUCUGACCCUGACAGAGAACCAAAACAAACACCUGGUUCUAGACCCAGUCAGCAGUCAGCAUGCAGGAAACUACUCCUGUGCUGUCAGAACCCACAACAACAGCAGCUCUCAUGAAGAGACUCUCACUGUCCAGAGUAUGAGGGGGAAAUGGACACCAGCAGCAGCUGCAGGAGUCUGUGCUGCUCUCCUGGUUAUAAUACCCCUCUCUGUCUUCUGCUGGAUCAGAAGAAAGAGGACUUCCAGUCAAUCUCCAAGAGCUGAAACAUCACACAACAUGGAGCAGAUAAACCCCGGUUCCAUGUAUGAAAACAUGCCAGCUCGAUCAGCAGAGCAGGAUGACCAUCACUAUGGCAGACUCCACUUCUCUGAGGACCACACAGAUGAUCUCUACUCCACCCUAGAGCCUUCUCGCUAAACAAAACUUUGUUACCAUGGUAUUUUGUAAGAGACCCUCCCCUGAAGGUUUAAGUGACUAGAAUAACUAAAGUAACAUAGCAGGGACCGGCAAGUGUAAAGCAAAGUGCAAACAUAAGGGCAAGUUCAUCUUUGUUUCUGCUGAACGCAAUGAGAAACUUUUCUGUCUGAUAUAGCAGACUUCACUGUAACAAUGCAGCAGCUUUUCAGUUCACUCCAUGCUAAUGUUGACCUCAGGUUUCCCAAAAGUACUGAGCUUCACAAACACAAUCAUGCCAACAAACCUGAGCUCUUUAAGACACAUCUUCAAAUAGGAGGUGUGAUGCACUUUGCCUGUGUGUAGGAUGCAAGUGGACGAGCAGCUGAAGAG